AUGGAGGAACUUGAGGAACGGUUUGGGGCUAACUUGCGUUUGUUAGACAGAGAACAACAUGGGGUACAUAUAGAGGAGGAUGAAGUUGGGAAUUGUUUGGUGGGGCAUCGGUUUACUCUUGUACCAAAGGUUUUGAUGGGAAAAGUAGUUCCCAAGGAAGGGUUUGUUGGGGUUUGUUGGGGUUUUCUCCCGCUUGUGGAAGGGGUCAUCUGA